UUUUCUUUGGCUGUGACGCUUGAAACAGCCAUUUGGCGUCCGUGUAGUGGCGUGCCUUUCUUACAGCUUGGUUUUAAGCGUACGCUUGUCUCAUCAUGUUGGUCACCAAGGAAGGAUUGACGGUCAUUCAUAACCCUGACGAAAUUAUUGUUGAUAUCAUCUUCGUACAUGGCCUUCAGGGCCAUCCAUUACUCACAAGGGCCUGUAAAGCUGGAAUUCAUGACCACGCUGCGUCGGCACCGGGAUUGCCGUUGACUGAUCAAUCGACUGCGAGCCUGGGGAUACUGCCAUCAGAGACUGAAGACUCAAGCGCCACGAACGCUAGGUCCAAGAAGCCAUGGCACAGAUUGUCUCGGUUUCUUUCGAGAGCUUCGCCAAAUCAGCUGACUGUAGCCGCCGAUACGGUGUUCUGGCCGCUUGAUUUUCUCGCCAAGGAGGAUUUCUGUAGUCGCGCCCGGAUCCUCACAUAUGGCUACGACUCGCACGUUAUAAAGGGUUACAGAUCCGUCAACCAGAACAACAUCUUCAGCCAUGCGAAAGACCUGUUGUACUCCAUCCAGAGGUCGAAACCACCUACUAGACCCAUCAUCUUUGUGGUGCAUUCUAUGGGUGGACUACUGGUGAAGGAGAUGCUCCGCCGUUCGGAUUCCUCAGAGGAGAACGAGAUCCAGGAUAUUGCGAAGUCUACGAAUGCCAUAAUAUUUCUCGGGACACCGCAUCGGGGGAGCCCACAGCUGGCCAAUCUGGGAGAGACUGUGCGCCUUCUCGGAAGCGCGAUUCUGAGGGUGGAUUCGAAUUCGAAACUACUCCGAGCUCUCGGGACCGAUAGCCCAGAGCUUGAGCUCAGCAGGGAGGCCUUCAUCACACUUUGGAGAAAGUACGACUUCCGUGUGAAAACCUUUCAAGAGGCUCUGGCUUGGAAAGGUCUCCAUAUAUCCGUCCUGGGGCAGAAGGUCGUGCCGGAGUAUCCGCUGAUCAUUUCCGCCCAGCGCAGUCGCGCCGACGCCGGCUGGGUGGACACCAAAGACAGGAUCGAGACUAUCGAGCUCCUCAUCAGGAGCGGCGCUGACUGCACAGUCACAAACCUCGAUGGCCAGAAUAUCCUCCAUUUCGCAUUCGGUGCUUAUCACUUCACAUCAAGUCCAGAUUCCACUCAUAAUCAUCUGUCCAAAAGGAUCUUGAAUAUCGUCGAGAAGCUCGCCGCGCCAUCACAGGCAGCCCUGAACCCUGACACAUUAUGCAGGUUGCUUGUGCUGCCAGAUAUUAACGGAGCGAUGCCGAUCGCAAGGCUAACAUUGGAUCACGGCUUGAGGUUGCUGCGCAUUCUACUCCAGCGUGGUGUCGAUCUCGACGUGACGGUAACUAGUCAGCACACCCUGUUUGAUGAGCUCAAGCCGUGCCUGGCGAAGAUGUGGCGCCAAGCACAAGAGGUCCCGCAUCGCAUGCUAGUCCAAUCCUGCUUUGAUGUUCUUGAAGCAAAAUAUCGCCUUGCCAGGGUGGAAGAUUACGAGGAGACGGGAGAGUUUGUUCGGCUUAAAUAGAAGAUACACCAUGUCGAACGUAGAUUCCAUGUCUGCCAUCUAAGUUAAAGCAGCACUCACGUACUCCUGUUCCGUUCUCUGCUAUGGGCUCGGAUUGUUUCUUAGUGUGCAGGGCAGCGUGAGCGAAAAG